AUGAAGCCUCGGCCAGUGAACUACACGUGGGUGAACAUCAUGUCAGAUGUGGAUUGGGAGGGUGCAGAUGUGUGGGACUCGUUAGGCGCAGCACUGGCAAUGGCAGUAGAGGAAGAUGUGCAGCCUGCUGUCAGUCUUGCUGACUUUCCAGACAUGUCAAAAAGGGCAAAGGGAAGAUGA